AUGGAUACUAUUGAUGCUAAUCACAGCGAUUGCCGUGAAGUGGCACGGAAAAUGCUUCUAAAGUGGAAACAAAAAAAAGGAAAAGAAGCAACAGUGGGAAUCCUUCUAAUUGCUCUUGAAGAGAUAGAAAGAAGAGAUGUCGUCGAAAAACUGCUUGGUAUGCAAUCUCCUUUUGUAAAGGAAAUCUCUCAAUACCGGGUUUAUCUAGAUCUAUUUACUUUCAUAACGAAAAAACUGAACACCUAUGUAGGAAAAGAUCUUCGAUCGAAAGUCUUCUGACGAGGCCACUCGAGUCGUGGCCUUGUCAAGGAGGUUUCAUUUUAGACGUAGAUCGCUCUGCGAAAAGGCUUUAAUCAUGCCUGCUGUGCCUUCCUUCUCAAUGGCACUAGGUAUGUGGUGCUGUGUCGUGAAGUCCUUGAACCACCCCCUAGCCCUUCGCGGUUUUCAAAAUGACGGGGAUUGGGACCGAUUUUUUUCUUCUACAAAUCCCAUUCACAUAGUUUACCCAGAAUUAUCAAAUAGUUUAAUAUAUCUUUUCUAGUUGAAAUGCCAACUACAAUAUCUUUGAGAGAAAAGCUUAGGUUUUCACUCAGAAGGUUAGACCACCAAUUGCAAAACCUCUUCCAUAAGGCGCGCACAUAGGAGCAGUCAUAAAAGAGAUGGUAUAAGUCUUCUUUGUAAAUUGUGCAAAAGGAACACUUCUCUGACUCAAUUAACCUUUGUUUGAAUAACUUGGUAUUUUUAAACAGAAUGUUAUCUAAUAAUUUAUACUGAAAAGACCGGAUAGAAGUUUUACUAGCAACGUCAUUGGAUAUUUAGCUUUGUUGGUAAUCGGAAGUGCAUAAAAAUUUUGUGACUCAGCUGAGUAGGGGUCGAAUUCUGUAUUGUUAUAUUUAAAAAUCAUAAGGUUAAAUUUCACCGGUGGGAAAGACGAAACCUUGUCCCUAGGCACAGUCAACCGCAGGGCAGACCGUGUCAAAAAGUUAGAUUCAAACCCUUCAUUCUUAAAGCAUUCCAAAGAACGUACAUUAUCCAAAUUAAAUAAUUGAUCGUUGAACAUAAACGAUUCCACAAUCUGCAUUUUUUUUAAAAUAGAAAAUAGGUUUGUUAUCGAUUUUUAUGUCUUUAUUAUUCCAAAUUACUUAAUGAGCGUAAUUGAUAUCAGAAAAUCAUUUCUAAAACCGCCCACCAGAUAAGUAACUGCCGAUGAAAGCCGUUUAAAUUUAAAUUAAGAUCCUUACAUCAUGAUAAUAUUUUAAGAUCAAAUUCCCUCCAUAUCUUUUUUAAAUAAAAUGCAAAAUGUGAUUUCCAUGGACCAACGCGCUCAUCAAGAACUCGUGGAAUCCAGGACAGCCUUAAGGCCUUUAAUGGGUUUCUAGAUUCGUAAGAUUUAAGCCACCGUUUUGAAGCGAGUUAAUAACGGAGAGUCUUGUCACUUUAUCUUGUCCUUUGCACAAAAACUUAUCUAUCAUCCUCUCCAUCUGUUUAAUAAUUUCUUCUGGAGUUUCCAAUAUUGUAGAAACAUAUACCAGCUUUGGUUUACGAAACGUUUUUAUGAUGGUCACUUUGCCAAACAAGGAUAAACCCCUCAAACCUCAUAGGUGGAUCGUCUUUUGGAUUUCACUUAAUCUUUCAUGAAAGUUGUGUCUUAUGAUUUGCUCAUGUUCACACGAGAAGUGAAUUCCUAACAUUUUUACUCCAGUUCACUGAGUUCUUACUUGCCCCUAUCCACAUCGCUUUAGUUUUUGAGAUAUUCAUUUUCAAACCAGAGCAUUUUUCAGAGUUGUUCAAUAUUUGGAUGAAAAUUUAUAAAGAAGAUAUGUUCGCCAAAAUUGCAGUUGCACCAAAUAAAUAGGGUUAUAGAGGGUCUCCCUGCUUUACACCUCUUUCUAGCUCGAAGGGCUUGGAAAAAGAUCCAUUGCUUAUGAUACGGCUCGAGACAUUCUUAUAGAAAGUUUUAAUCCAUCUUAUCAGGGUGGGACCAAAAUUAAAAACCUCUAGUGAAUGAUAAAUAAAAUCCUAUUCAAUAGAGUCAAAUGCUUUUUCAAAAUCCAUAAAUAGUUGAAUACCAGAUAGCGUAGACGAUUCAGUGUGAUCGAUAAUGUCGAGAAUUAGGCGAGCCACCUCUCCAAUGAAUCUACCCUCGAUAAACCGGAUUAAUUGUGGCGGAUUAUUCUGUUGGCUAUAAACUUAGAAGCAAGCUUGGAGUUAGCAUUGACUGAAGAAAUCGGUGUCCAAUUUUCUAAAUACAUUCGAUCUUUACCUUUUUUAUUAAUUAAUGUGACAAUUGCCUGUUUUUGUGAACUUGACAUUUCUCCAGAGUCAAAAGAGUAGUUAAAAGUAUUCAUCAUGAGCUCACCUACAUAACUCCAAACAGUUUUUUAAAACUCAGCAGGCAUACCGUCAUUCCCAGGAGUCUUUCCUUUUUCAAAAGUAUCCAGUGCUUUAACACUUUCUUCAAUAGUUAUAAGUCCUUCACAACUUAGUCCUCCUUCACAACUUAGUCUUCUAUCUUCCUCAGAUAAUUUUUUUAAUUCUUACAUGACCAAGGAAGUGUUCCAAAAUAUCAGGCUGCACCGUAUUAUCUUUCCUACUAUACAGUUUUUUAUAGUAUUUUAAAGACGAGUCUAGUAUUUUUCCAUAAUUUGUAGUAAUGACUCCACCUAGACAGAGCUUCCUCACAAUAAUUUAAGGUAAUGUUAACGGCUUGAAGAGCCAGUAACCUUAUUACCGUGUACAUCUGCAGAUCAGAGAGACACAAUGGAGAAAGAUCAGGCGAGCCAAAGACGUAGUGGAAUGAAAGUACAACAACGGUAUGACGGUAAGCAUUCAUACUGCGCCACUUAUAUGCUCUUUCAAAGCCGAGUCAACUGAAAUUGGACGAUUAGUGAUAUUUUAGAAACAACUUUUGUUUCUUACUUCAUUUUAUAAGAUAUGAAGCACGACAUUCGUAAGGAAAGUAUACCAAGUGUGUACACACUUAUCAAUCAGUUUAGAAAAGUUACUACCGUUAGGGACUGGGAAUGUCAAACGUUCAUCUUUCUUUAUUUUUCCAAAUUUUUUUUGUUUUAACCCUAACACUAUAAAAUAACAUUCAUUUAAUAUUAAACAUGACAUUUUUGAUGGUAAAUGAACGGGACAGUAGUUCGACUUUUAAUUGAUAAUAGACCACCCUUCCUCACGAUUUAUACUUAUAUUUUAUCGCCGGUCCUAUCGAAUAUUUUCAAUACUUCUAUUACGUCUGGUGUCCACCCGUCAAAAUUUAGAUCUCCAAAAUCACAUCUAUAUUUAAAAGUGAACGGAGGAGACUGAUGCAUCUAAUUACCGACUAAUUUCUCUCUUGUCAAAUUUUAAUAGAAUAUUUUAAAAGCUACUGUAUUACAGAAUGCAGGACUUAAUUGACGAAAAUAAGUUAAUACAUUCCUCAGAUCGUGCGAUCCUUGAUAUUGUCGAAACUUUACAGAACAAUAUGGAUAAGCAUUAUUUUUCGUUAGGCGUUUUCCUUGAUCUAAAAAAAGGCUUUUGAUUUUGUCAAUCACAAAAUACUGCAUGAAAAACUUAAUUUUGAUGAUUUUCGAGGGAUCAUCAACGAGUGGUUUCAGUCGUACUUAACAAAUCGAACGCAAACAACUUAAAUUGGAUCGCACGUAUCAACUAAACUAAUUUCUCCCUGUCGUGUCCCUCAGGGUUCGAUUUUAGGACCACUUCUCUUUUCACUUUAUAUAGUUAACAUUUACCUCUGUUCCAAUAAACUUCAAUUUUUUUUAUUUGCGGGUGACACUAUUAUUCUCUAUAUUUACAAGAACCUCAAGUCUUCAGAACAGACGGUCAAUGCUGAACUGAACAAUUUACAUGACUAGCUAACUACAAAUAAAUUGACUUGAAUACAAAAAAAUCAAAUCUUGUAAUUUUUUCGCCCUGGACAAAAGAAAAUCCGUUAUCGUCCACAAAUGAGUUUAUAGGAUAGUGAAAAAAUUGAAGAUUCAGCUUGGAAUAUAAGAGUUACAUCAAGUAUUUAAGUCUUGUGAUCAAAGAAAAUCUUUCUUGGAAAAACCGUUUGGACUAUGUUAUUACCAAAAUAAGUAUAAAAAUAAGACCGUAAGAAUGAUUGCUAAACUGAGGCACUUUAUUCCAUCAUCUGUACUCAUAAAUAUUUAUAAAUCCUUAAUUUUACCUUAUUUAACUUAUGAACUCGUUGCUUGGGGUAAUGCGUCUGAAUUAUCUAAAUAAAAUUUUUGUUCUCCAAAAGCGAAGAUUACAUCUAAUCUACUUUAUUGAUAGAAAAGACCAUGCACUCCCCUUACUUGGAGAUGCAAAAAUUCUGCCUAUUACCUUCUUAUAUUAUGAUAACAAUUUCAAAAUAUUGUGCAGAUCUCUAUGUGCAUUUGCUUACUUCGAUCAUAAAAUAUCUGAAAUUUCUCAAGCAUUCUAGAACUACAUAUAAAUCUACAUCACUUUGGAUCGAAUGUUGCCGGCGUUGAAUUGCGUGACUUAAAGCAUGGCCUUUUCUGCGUGCAGGUGUGAGCCAGUUGGUACACAACACUCUUUCGAGUUUCAUAGCGUGGUGUGAGGUUCAGGUGUGUAGGUCUGGCUCAAAAGAUUUCUGCACACCGCAAAAGGACAAGAAACACGGGUUCAUAUGUUUUCUCCCUUUUCUUUAUCUGCAUUUUUAUUUUCCUUCUUGCAUUAUCAUACAUGCAUGGUUUUUUUUAUUUCCUCAGCGCGUUCCCUUAGAUUUGGAAGUAGGAGGUGGAAAGUCAAUAUUGACCAGAACUAAAACCCUUCCCACUUCUAAUUGCUUCAAAGAACCCUUGUUAUUUAUUACUUUAUGUCUCAUGCGAAUGUGUUUUCAUUUGCUAUUCAUUGCCAUUAGAACAUGAAAGUAAGUCCCGAUAAGUUUUAUGUUUCCUGAACCGCAAAACACGCGACACCAUGAAUUGAGAAAUCCAAAGCAAUUACACACGAGAAAAUUUACUUUUAGCCCUUUAGCCACAGAAGGCAAAUUCAUGCAAUGAAGCGUUCUAAGACCUUUGUAAUUUAGGGACGUUACAUGGACGAGUAUCUAAUGUGUCGAGGGGUCAAAUGUUUGCACUAAAUCUGUGACCCUAAAACAGAUCACGUACUCGAACAUGUAACGUCCGAAAGAUGUCACGCAUGUACAACCCCGUAGGCGCAUCUGGUGACUUCAGUCGAAAAGAGAAAACUUAUUUACUAUUUGUUUACUUAAGCAAGGUUAUUUACCCUAAAAGUUUUUACUUUCUCAGUUCGUGCGGUGACGCUCACGAGUUUGUUCCGUCAAAAACGAUAUGAAGUCACGUCCACCUCGACAGAAAAAUUAGGCUGACCCUGUCAUAAUCGAUGGUUUGAUACCGUAAUUAUCAGUUAAGUUACAUCACUACGCUUUGAUCACAGCAAUGAAAAAUGUGCGUUUCCUCAUGCUGGCUUCAUUUAUUACCACAUUUGGAAAAAUUUUGUAGUAACAACAUUUGUUUCUUAAUUCAUUUUAUAAAAGACCAAGACACUUUUUCUUGGAGUAGGACAAUACGUUACGAUGCGUUCCCCGAGAGAAAAGAAGGCUUGAUUGUGGAUUAACUGCAAUACUUACAGGAGUGUUUUUAUUUUCUUUCCUUCGGCUAAUUUAGCGUAGUCAGAAACUGGAAGUAACCAAAAUCUAAUGUGAUACAAAACCGAUUCUUACUUAUUUUGCAGCCACCUCUAGUGAUAAACCAUUUGAACAGGCUCCUGUCACUGAAAUCCACAUAUGGUCAAUACGUGUUGCAGUAGGCGCAGAAUGGAGACACCUGGGUGCAGUCUUAGGGCUUGAAUCAGCGUUAAUGGAUAAUAUUGACGCUGAUCACAGCGCGUACCGUGAAAAGGCAUGGAAAGUGCUUCAAAAGUGGAAACAAAAAGAAGGAAAUGGAGCAACAGUGGGAAUUCUUAUAAACGCUCUUGAAGAGAUAGGAAGGAGAGACGUCAUCGAAAAACUGCGUGAUAUGUAAUCUCCUCUUGUAAUGAAAGUCUCUCAAUACCAGGUUUAUCUAGGUCUAUUUACUUUCAUAACGAAAAAACUGAACAUCUAUGUAGGAAAAGAUCUUCGAACGAAAGUCUUCGUGGCCUUGUCAAGGAGGCUUCAUUUUAGAUGUAGAUCGAGUCGCAAAAAUUUUUUAUUGUGCCUGCUGUGCCCUCCCUAUAGGAUGGCCGGAGGGGCUAUGUGGUACUGUGUCGUAUAAGUCCGUAAACUUCCCCCAAGCCGUCGCAGUUUCCAAAAUGGUGGAGCAUCAUGAGACACUCAUAACGUCUCUUGUGACUCGUCCUGGUUCAGCUUCGACACUAGCCAUCAUUGAACAAAUCUGAUCGGGUUUCUUCGGAUUAAUUUUUGGUUUUUUUGGAUUUAGCUCGAUGUUUGUUCAAGGUUUCAUCUCUGCAUCUCGACAUCCUUAUCGAUUUGAACUUAAAAGAUAUGUCGUCAAACGUUCUCACAUAUGCGUUUUACUCUGAACACUUCAAACACAUCCUUUUAGGAAGAAUGUAAAUUGAAAGGCAAAAAAAGGGAAAAGAAAAGAAAAGACAACAAAAAGACAACAAAAGGUUGAUGCAGUUAGGUCUCGAACCUUAAGCUCAUACUUUCGGACGAGAAAGGAGUUGGUACAUCUAUCGUGUUGAGGAAGAAUAGCGUGCAAAAGUUGGUGAAGUUUUGUGUUAAAAUUCAUUUGACGCACAUUUAAUGCAUGAACCUAUUCAAUUAAUUUCCUUCCCUCGGCAUUUCAAUUUACUAGUGUACAAAAUAUGUUCUAGCCAAGUCCUCCUUUUGUCGCAACUUUGGCAUGUGUCAAAAGACAAAAUUGGCAUCCAGCAAGAAUUUUCAUUGUAGGUGAUUUUUGACUUAUUUGAACGUGAAAAUAAAUGGAAAUAAUAUAUUAGCAUAAGCCAUUCAGUGAACAUUGUAGUAAGCAGUUGAUCAUUUCUUAUUCCUUUUGGCGGUCCCAUCUUACAGGUAGAGUUUGGUCACCUUUUUCCUUAUUAUGAUCGUGAAUUUGACAUGGUGACAGAUGUUUUUGCGUAAACUGCGGUUUGCGGCUAGAUAUCAGUAUAUUUCCAUUAUGUUGCUAAAAGAUGAUUAAUUACUAAGAAAAUGACGCUACCUUAAAAAAAGGGGUUCCCGUGCAGGAAUUUCCUGGAAACAACCCUCCUUUAUACUUUUAACCAUUUCAUGCUCUCGUUUUUAGGCUAAAUCCAUGUCGAAUUCCCGAUCCGGAAAAUACUUUUUAAAUCUGAAUUUAACACGUUCGACACCUCUUUUUCUUAGAGGUGACUUAAGGUGUAAACAUGUAGUACUUUUCAUCUUCCGCACUGAAUUUGUAAUCAGAUAACUUACACGGCUAGCACGUAGCUCUUUUAGGGGCGGUACCCUGGGUACACCUUUUUUCUCUGAAUUUUCAGUUUAUUCUGCCGUUAUGUAACAGUCUUCAAGGACUAUUUCCUCUUAAGAUAUCUUUUCAAGUAUGAAUAUAAUUCUGUUGGUAAGUUUAUUAUAAUUUUUAUAUUUUCAAUCUUGUUUUUGUUUCGCUCGACCUUGACCGUAGGACUAAGAAAUUUAAGUUAGAAAGACAUUUUGUAAAGUGUAAACAUCGCGAAGGUAUCUACUUAGUAUGUGAACUCCGCUCUGCGUAGUUUAGCGUGAUUCACUAGUUAAGUGUAAAAACAUGACGAAGGUUAGAGAUUGACAGCUCAGUAAGCGUCACCUUUAUAAGCGGCGACCCCACACUUUUCUUAGAGAGAUCAGAGCUAGUCCCCGUUGUAAUAACUUGAGUAGUUAGAGUGAAUAAAGAAAAAGACAAC